AUGGCAAGUCUCACGUCCCCCGUGCCCAUUACGGAGAUUGAGUCGGUGCUCGCCUGGGUGGACGGUUACAAGUUGUCGCGGCCGACGAAGAAGAUCAACCGGGACUUCUCCGACGCUGUGCUCCUAGCGGAAAUCCUCAGCGUGCAUUACCCGAAGCUAGUCGAAAUGCACAACUACCCACCUAGAAAUAGCCACUCGCUGAAGUUGAACAACUGGCUCACGUUGAACAGGAAGGUGUUGAAGAGGCUGAAGCUGAACCUGUGCUCCAGCACAAUGGAACAGCUGGCGCACAACGCUCCUGGCGUGAUCGAAAGGGUCCUCAUUAUGGGUAAGAUCGAAGAUCCGCUUUUCUCCGCGUGGUUUUCGGAA